AUAGAUGAACGUGGCACGACCAACACGCCGAUGAGCCUGUCGACUAGGUCUAGCCACCUCUCCGAGGGGAAUACUACUACCUCUAAGAGCAGCCUUAAUAUACCCGAGCACCAUGAAUUGAGAAAAUCACCCAUAAUGAAAAUGACCCAAGAAGCUGCCGGCGAGCCAGCUUCAGUGGGUGGAGGCGGCAAGGCAAACGUUACUAACAAUUCUGUAAUAGGGCCUUCUACAAGUACAACAGCCCACUCUUCCAAGUUAAAUAGUGUCACUUUCAUGCGACCGCGAUACUCUCGUCGUGUGCAUUCAAAGAGCGAGCCCCAUCGCACGUCCCCUACUUCUACCUCGGGCUCUACCGCAUGCAACGAGUCUCCUACAAAGAGCGCUGAUGACAGUAUCACAUCUGAGCAGCGUCGCGUAUCUGCCCCAGUAGCCCAAGGCAGUCCAGGCUCAUCUUUGAUUCCUAAACUUGGCAUCAGGGGCUCAUUUAUCGCAAAACAACCACCAAUCCCUCCACGUAACUCUAGCGACGGCAAAUGCGGCAUAUUCCCAACUACAGCCCCGAAGGAGAACAGCAAAGGAAAGCCCGAAACGAUUCCCCCCACUGUUAUAAAAGAUAUACAGGAACCAGCCAAUCUACCAACAGCCCCUCCUGGCAACGAAAAUCAACCGCCGCCAAAGACGGGCGAAAAUCAAUCAACCAUAAUAGCCUCAACUCGGGGUAUUCGAGGCCUUCGACGCCUACGGGCUGGAUCUCUUCGUGGACAGAGAGGCCGUGCUUUCCACGGCGCCUCGCCACAUAAGAGCAGCCAAGAAUAAGAAAGAAGGGGGUGAGAGAAAAUACUAUUAACAAGGAGUCGCUUGGAACUGCAUAGGCGCCUAUUCACGCAACAUCAUUUUGGUUUGUACAAAUAUUAUCAUAUCAUAAUCUCAUAGCACGACUAGACCAUUUUACGACAUGCAUUAUUAGGGAGGCGUUUUGUGUUGACAUUAUAGGAUGGCUCUCACGGCAUAAUUGCGAUGCGUCAUACUUGGAGACGAAAUAAUGAAAGGGUAGUCGGUACAAGAGCAAACUCAUGCUUAUCAUGCGAGCGGUAGCUCAGAUAUGUUUUUCUUUUUUUGUUUUUUUUCUCUUUAUGCGGUACAUUGGUAGUGGAACACGGAAAAUGUAGAUUAAGUAGCUCCGAGUAAUACUAAGACAAUCAAAAGUGAAAAU